AACAGUGUUUUUACAGGACUACCAAAAAAAUCCAUCAGGAAACUGCAGCUUAUUCAGAACUCUGCUGCUCGGGUUCUGAAUCCUCCCCUUCUCUGAUUCCCUUCUCCCUCCCCCUUGAUUUGGAGUGUCAGUCAAAGUCGUCUCCGGAUGAUGAUUUUUUCAGUCUCACACUCCAGAGAGGUCCAGAGUCCUCCAUCAGAGAGUAAAGAGAAGCUCUUUUCUUCACGUUGGCGUUCUCUGAACCUCAGAAGUUUACCUUUAAAUCUGCAGAAUGGAGGGAACAUCUGUCCAGAUGCUGCUGGCUCUGAGCUCCCUGCUGUGCUGCACAACAAACCAAAUUGGUGUGACUGUGAGUCCCAGCAGAUCUCAGUUCUUUAGAGGAGAAUCAGUGAUUCUGAACUGUGAGGACGACAGCUCUGCAGGAUGGACUCUGAGGAGGAACACCUCAGGAGAAACCAGGACUCAGUGUGGAUCUGAGUGGGGAUCAGGAGAUGGUUUGUCCUGUAACAUCGGCUACAUGUACGAAGAAGAAAGUGGUGUGUACUGGUGUGAGUCCAGAGGGGGAGGAGCCAGCAGCAUGGUGGUUAACAUCAGUGUCUCUGGUGGAUCAGUGAUCCUGCAGAGUCCUGUCCUCCCUGUGAUGGAGGGUCAUGACCUCACUCUGAGCUGUCAAUCAAAGACCCCUCCCUCCAACCCCUCAGCUGCUUUCUAUAAAGAUGGCUCCCUCAUCAGGACUGAGCCUACAGGUCACAUGACCCUCCAGCAUGUUUCCAGGUCUGAUGAAGGUCUCUACAAGUGUCACAUCAGGGAUCAUGGAGAGUCUCCAUCCAGCUGGAUCUCUGUCUCAG